AUGGAUGAAAAUGAAAGAUUAUUUCAACAUGCUAUUAACGACUAUGAAUUAAACAAUAUUCCUAUAGAAAAAUUAAAAAACAAAGAAAAGAUCGGAAAAGGUGCAUUUGGUUACGUGUAUAGAUGCAAUAUUGACGGAGAUUCUAGAAUGGUGGCAGUAAAAGAAAUAUAUGUUGGGGACGAGGAUAGCGAAACAUCCAUUAAAUCCUUCCUUAAUGAGUUAAAAUUACAUAGCAAGGCCAAAAGUCAUCGUAUUAUUGAGUUAUUUGGGAUGGGCUAUGAUAAAAAUGGAGAUUUAUGCUAUCUUGUGAUGGAACUUGCCGAGUGUCAUUUAAGGAAAUAUUUAAAUGACAAAAAGGACGAACUUCAAUGGGAUAAAAAAAUAGAACUCGCAAUCCAAUUAACAGAAGGAUUGUCUUACAUCCAUAAUGUGAUGAAUGUGGCACACCGUGAUUUGAAUGUACGCGAAGCUCCUACUAUUGGAACACCAUUAUCCUUUAUUCAACUUUAUUCCAAAUGUUGGGAUUCAUGGCCUUUGCUUCGCCCUAUUGCAGAUCAAAUUCUUAAUGAACUUAAAUAUUUAUCUCUCGAUCCAAUGCAUAACAAUUAUAACUCCGUUAAUGGCAUAAUGUCAAAUACAACUGGUGAAUGA